CUGCGUCGCAGCAAAUGAACUCUCUGCCUCCGUCUCUAACGAUGAAAGCGAGGGUGAGCGGGCAUGGGCGAUGGAUUCAAAGCUCUCAAAAAGCCGUAUUAGGCAACACCUUCUUCUUCUUCUUACGCCAUACAAAAAUUCAAAGAGGUUGAGAUAUACACCCCGCAAUCUCUCUCUCGCUCUGAAAUGGAGAUUGCGUUGAAAAUCGGUUCAAUUUCUACUGCCCCUUUUCCGUCAAUUACAUCAUCUGUUAGUAAGAAUAUUCCUCGUUUAAAUCUCAAAGGAAGAGAACCCAACACCAAAAUCCAUUCCUUCUCCAACAACGGUUCCCUUCCUCGCUCUACUUCCAACCAGAUAAAAUCAAUUUCAGUAGGAGAUCUACAUAGAUGCAAGAGCAAUCUUGAGUCUCUGUUUUGUUAUGAUAAGCCUAUUCCAGAGGAAAUUAUUGAGAAGCCGGUUGGGUUAUCAAUGGAUGAAAGGGAUAUAGGGGACAAUCUCCGUUGUGAUGAUUGCCAUGCUAAAGGUGCAGUCUUGUGCACCACUUGCGCUGGUUCGGGCUUAUACAUCGACUCCAUAUUGGAGAGCCAGGGAAUCAUGGUGAAAGUCAGGUGCCUAGGAUGUGGAGGCACUGGGAACAUCAUGUGCUUGGAGUGUGGAGGGCGUGGCCAUCUCGGAGUUUAACUCAUUAUGUCUGGCUAUGCAUGUUGAUUGAGUCAGAUGGAAGCAUGAUUUUUGGAUAUUCAACAGCACUAAUGGCCUCUUAUUUCAGACGGUGCAACUAUAGAGCCUUCAUUUCGAAUGCAAGAAGCUGAAAUCGAUUCUUUUAUUACUCUAUCGUGUAACUUCCACAUUUAUUGUCUCAUCUUUUGAUUAUGGUAAGAUUAUGGUAAAAGGAGAUUUAUGAUGCUCAAAUAUGUCAGGGUGACAAUAUUUUCAUCUCAGUUACAUGCUGUGGAUGUAUUAUUGUAGUCACGUCUUCGGGGAUCCACUUGCUAUUGGCUUUCUUUCUCACUGCA